AUGUCUGAAGGGACCCUUGCCUCCGCAGUUGCCAUUCCUGAGCAGGAUACUCUACGGCAGUCUCCCGAACUGCCCGCAAAGAGGCGCCAGUCAUCCGUUACCGAGCACGAUCCCAAGCGCCGUCGUCUCAGCGCGCAAGAUGAUGGUUCUCCCCAGUCUCAGGCCCGACGACCAUCAUCGCCAGUGCAAGAAGGCGAGCAGCCAACGGAAAAGCGACAUGCCCGGCGGGGACGAGAGGACGAGCGCAAGCGUGGCCAGCGACUGUUCGGCGGACUGCUGGGUACCCUCUCGCAGAGCUCAAAUUCGGCGGCGCAAAAGCGGCGCGCAGACAUUGAAAAGAGACAGCAGGACAAAUUGAAAUCUCAAGAUAGCGAAUAUGAUGGCUUGAAAAAGCUACACAAGGACCGACGUGAUGCAAUUCGAAGGAAAGAGAAGCCGUUUUAUGAACGUGAGGCUAUCCAGACUCGCCAUGCAAGUCUAGUGGCUAUGGCGCAUUUCCUGAAGACAAAGACAGAACCUGUUUUGUACUACAAGCCAUGGCAACUAAGACCUGGUGACGAAGCAGUGAUCCAGGAACAGAUAGCGGAUGCCAAAGCAACCGUUGCCCGCGAAAUUGCAGAGUUCGAAGCCCGAUAUCCACCUGAAGCCUUCGUGCGCGAGGAUCUAGAGCCAGUGUCUACGGAAGAAUCGAAGCAACAAAACACAUCCAAGAAGCAGCCCGAGCCAAAUCCAGAACAACCCUCAGCGACGGAACCUCCGGUGGAGUCAAGCCCCCUGAACACAACGGAUACUGGGGCUGUACAGACUAUAUCCGCGGACGACUCGGAAGCUAUGACCGAAGCGCCUACUAACGGGGCCGACGGCACUGCUCAAGAGCAGUCAGACGCCCAUCACGACGACGGAGGGGAGGUGGUGGAGGAUAAUGAGGAUACAGUGAUCUAUUAG